GCUUCUUUAAAGUUUUCGAUUUUAUUGGGAUUCUGUUUGGGUUUUUUACCGUUUCAGGGGAUUUCUGUAUGAAUUUGUGAAUGAAGUAAACUGAAAAAGGAAAACCUUUUUCUGUGACUUGUUGAGCUCAAAGAUUCGAAUGGUGUUUCUGUUGGAAAUCGGGGAUCUUUUUAUAUGAAGACUUGUUAAGACGCCAGAAUGAAUAACGUGUUUAAUGCACAGAUAUUGGCUGAGAAGCUCUCUAAGCUGAACAACUCUCAGCAGAGCAUUGAAACAUUGUCACAUUGGUGUAUUUUUCACCGGAAGAAAGCUAAACAGGUUGUAGAAACAUGGGAUAAAUUGUUCAAUUCUUCCCAGAAAGAGCAACGUGUUGCUUUUCUAUAUUUGGCAAAUGACAUCCUUCAAAACAGUAGACGCAAAGGAAGUGAAUUUGUGAAUGAAUUCUGGAAAGUCCUUCCAGCAGUUCUCAAGGAUGUCUAUGAGAAUGGGGAUGACCAUGGAAAGAAAGCAGUCUCAAGGCUGGUAGACAUAUGGGAGGAAAGGAAAGUCUUUGGAUCUCGUGGUCGGAGUCUUAAAGAUGAAAUGCUUGGUAAAGAUCCUCCACCUUUAUUGGAGAGCAAUGGAAAAAGUUCAAACUCAAUCAAGAUCGUAAAGAAGGAUGCUCACUCAAUAAGACUAAAAUUGGCUGUUGGAGGUAUGGCUGAAAAAAUAGUUACUGCCUUCCAAGCUGUACAUGAGGAACAUUUCAAUGAAGACACUGCUUUAAACAAAUGCAAAGCUGCUGUUCGUUGUGUUGAAAAAAUGGAGGAAGAUGUUGACAAUGCCUGCACCCAAGGAAAUCAACAGGAUCCAACGUUGGCAAAUGAACUACAAGAGCAGGACAAUAUCCUGCGGCAAUGUAUCAAGCAACUUGAAAGUGUUAAAGCAACUAGAGCAGCUUUGGUUUCUCAGCUGAAAGAAGCACUUCAUGACCAAGAAUCGAAGCUGGAGCUUAUUUACACUCAAUUGCAAGUUGCUCAUUCUCAGAUAGACCAAGCAAGUAAUAUGAGACAGAGGCUCACUUCAGCCACAGUUUCUGGUCCUGGCCAAACCACCAGCACAGUUCUACUGGCUGAAACGACGAAUGUGGUUGAACCCAACCCGCUUCCAAUUCGACCAACAAGCGGCAUAACUCAACCUCCUCUGAUUCAACCUGUCACUUCUUUUGCGGCUUCAAAAUCUACAACAGAAGAAGAUAACAAGAAAGCAGCGGCAGCAGCUGUUGCAGCCAAGCUUGCUGCCUCUACGUCUUCUGCCCAUUUGCUUACCUCUGUGCUGUCAUCACUGGUUGCAGAAGAAGCAGCUUCUAUGAAUGGUGGCACAAAAUCUGGACGAUUUGGAAGCAGUAUACCAUUCUCUAUGGAAAAACGUCCCAAACUUGAGAAACCAAUGCCAGUUUCGGAAAUGGGCAGUACAGCGUACUUUGCCAAUGUACAACAGCAAUCACUGACCAAUUCCCCCCUCGCACCUGGCCAAGCCUCAACCACAAGCAUGCAGCCAAUGUCCCAAGCCACUCAGGUACAGCCUCCAUUCCAACCACCACCACCCCCUUUACCACCCCCACCUACGCACCUAUAUGCACAAUCCACAGGUAUGAUGGCUGGAGUGAUGCCUUAUGGGUAUGGUACAUCAAGCUUACCUCCUCCUCCUCCCUUGCCUACACAUGUGGCAAUGGGUUUAGCACGGCCAGGGACUCAGCAGCAGCAGCCACCGCAACAGCCGCAGCAGCCAGUGACAGGAAGUUAUUACCGGCCUUCAGGUAUUGGAUUCUAUGGGCAGAACCAUCAGCCGGCAACUCCACCAGUUCCUCGGCAGUAAUUUCUCCUCAGAAUAAUCUAUACUGGACAGAUGGUUGACCUAGUACCUCGUCUGUCUUAUUUUGUAAAUUAAUAAUUUUUUAGCUUAUUUUCUUUUCAAGUUGUAGAAAGCUAGGUCAAGGAAAAAGUAGAAUGAGGUCCCUCAGACUUUGGAAAUUGAGCAUGAAAUGUUAGGUUAAUAGGGUUUAACAGGAAGCAGACUUAUUGAUGAUAAAGAAAAUGAUGUUGGAUUAGAUACAGAUUUUAGGCCUUCUAGUAGCAACUCCCCUCUGUAUCUACGUCUGAAAUGUACUCUUGCAGAGAAACCCAUGUGAGAUGGAAAAGCUGUGAAAACCACUUAAGG